AUGAGUAAGUCUAACUUGGUAGUUUUGUUUAGGGAUUAUCAAUUGGAAUUGCUUGAUUCCUUGAUUGAUGUGGAUUCAACAUUAACAACCCCGAAUUUAAUCCUACAAGGAUAUAGCGGGACUGGUAAGACACUAACCUUGAGGAAAGUUUUUGAGUUGAAGCCAGAUAUUAUUAAUGUAUGGCUGGAUCCAAUUGAAGUUGUAUCCUGGAAGCCUCUAUUUCAAGCGAUAGCUAGGUCUACGCAACAAAGACUGAUGCAAAAAUAUCCUGGACUUCAGGAUAAAGAAUACGAUCCAAUGGCUGUAGAGGAACCUUCCUUUUUGGUGAAAUAUUUAAUAAAGCUGUUCAGUCAUUACAAGGAACUACCAGAAAAGAUACCGUUAUAUAUUGUCUAUGAUGGAUUUGAUAGUUUACAAGAUUUAGACUCCCAAAUAUUGUACAAAUUACUUAAACUUCAUGAACUUCUUCCUAAUGACAAUGCAAUUGUUAUGAAAUCCAUCUACACCGUACGAGAUUUGAAUUUUGUUAAUAGAUAUAGCAGCAAUGCAAUUCCUAUGGUUGUUUUUCCUAGGUAUAACUUAGAUGAAAUAAUAAAAAUUUUAAUUCUGACUAGAGCACAAGAACUAGUUGGAAGUUCGUUCCUUGUCAUGCAAUUAGAGCUUUUAGAUGAAUGUGAAUAUACUAACGAAUCUUUAGAAAAGGUGGCGGUUAAUUUUAUACAAUUAAUUGUUCAAGCUUUUCACUCUUAUACAGGGAAUGACAUAUACGCACUAAAUGAUUUGAUAGACUUUAAAUGGCCACUAUAUUUGAAAAAUCUCGAUAAGAAUAAUAUUCUAGAUCCAUUGGCACUCUAUCGUGCCAAUGUUAGAUUAUUCAUAACAACUGAUGAUAGUCUAAAAAAUGACUUUAACGACACCUAUGAGGAUUACUCAGAUACUGCAAUGACACAAACAUAUGAGCUAUCCAACAUAUCAAAAUAUCUUCUUAUUGCAGCAUAUUUUUGUUCCUACAUUGAAACUAAAUUUGAUAUAGGAAUAUUUUCAAAGCGAGGAAGCAAGGCUGCGAAUAGCAAACGCAAGAAGAAGGAACAAAAUCCAAGAUAUCUACAACCGUCUUUUUUUUACAUCGAGAGGUUACUGGCCAUAUUCCAGUCAAUAUACCCCCUCGAAAUAGAAGUUCCUAAGGGUUCAUUAGCAGCCUUAAAAGUUGAUGAUCUCAUGAAAUCUAAUGUUGAGGUAUUCCAGAAUUUAGCUGAGUUAUUUUCCUUGAAACUAAUAACUUGCAGUAGUUCAAAAAAUCUUGACGUUUUGGGAAAUAAAAUAAAAUGGAGAGUAAAUAUACCUUGGGAAAUCAUUUCUGAAAUUGCAAGUUCUGUAAGUUUUGAUAUAUCGGAAUAUUUCAGUGGUGUCCAUGAUUAA